AUCCAUUUCCCUUAUCUCUUUCUAGAAACUUCUGAAAAUGGGUUUGGCCUCUAGCUCCAACAAUUUUAACUAUGUUUACAAAUGUCUCAUUUUUAUGAUCUUCCUUGCUAAAUUCCUUCUUCCUUUGGAGGCAGCUGUAAAGACAUAUCAAUUCGACAUUCAAGUGAAGAAUGUUAGUAGGCUAUGCCAUGCAAAGCCUAUAGUGACUGUGAAUGGAAUGUAUCCUGGACCAACUGUUUAUGCUAGAGAAGGAGAUCAAGUUUUGAUUAAUGUUACUAACCAUGCACAAUAUAACAUGUCUAUCCAUUGGCAUGGACUAAAGCAAUAUCGAAAUGGUUGGGCUGAUGGACCAGCCUAUAUAACUCAAUGUCCAAUUCAGACCGGAAAAAGCUACACGUAUGACUUCAACAUUACAGGACAAAGAGGAACCUUAUGGUGGCAUGCACAUAUUUCAUGGCUAAGGGCCACGGUUUAUGGUGCUAUUGUCAUCAUGCCAAAAGAAGGGACUCCUUAUCCAUUCCCUCAACCUCAUUUGGAAGCCAACUUAGUAUUCGGGGAAUGGUGGAACACUGAUGUUGAGACGCUUGUUAAACAAGGUGAUCAAUUGGGUUUGCCACCAAAUAUGUCAGAUGCUCAUACCAUCAAUGGAAAGCCCGGGCCCUUAUUCCCUUGCUCAGAGAAGCAUACUUAUGCCUUGGAGGUUGAGCAAGGAAAGACAUACCUUCUACGAAUCAUCAAUGCUGCCCUCAACGAUGAGCUCUUCUUUGGAAUCGCAGGCCACACAAUGACUGUCGUAGAAAUAGACGCGGUCUAUGUCAAACCAUUCACCACACAAACCAUACUCAUAGCACCAGGCCAAACCACAAACGUAUUGGUUCGAGCAGAUCAAGCCCCUAGCCGUUACUUCAUGGCUACACGAACCUUCAUGGACGUACCAAUUCCAGUAGACAACAAAACAGCCACAGCAAUCCUACAAUACAAAGGCGUCCCAAACACCGUCAUUCCUUCUUUACCUCAACUUCCUACACCAAACGACACCAGAUUCGCAAUGUCCUACAACAACAAGCUAAGAAGCCUAAACACCCCUCAAUUUCCUGCCAAUGUACCUUUGAAAGUUGAUCGAAAACUCUUCUAUACUAUCGGAUUAGGGGCUAAUCCAUGCCCGACUUGUCUAAAUGGCACUCGUCUCACAGCUUCAUUGAACAAUAUUACCUUUGUUAUGCCAAAAACCGCGCUUUUACAAGCUCAUUACUUUAAUAUCAAUGGGGUGUUUAGGGAUGAUUUCCCUGAUAAGCCUCCUACCGCGUUUAACUACACUGGGGCUCCAUUAACAGCCAACCUUAGAACAGAACAAUUAACAAGGCCGAGGAUCAGCAAAAUUGCUUUUAACUCUACUGUUGAGCUAGUAUUGCAAGACACCAAUUUGCUUACAGUAGAGUCUCAUCCUUUUCACCUUCAUGGAUAUAACUUUUUUGUAGUUGGUACUGGGAUUGGUAACUUUGAUCCGGCUAAGGAUCCUGCUAAAUUUAACUUGGUUGAUCCACCCGAGCGAAAUACUGUUGGAGUUCCUACCGGAGGUUGGACUGCUAUCAGAUUCAGAGCUGAUAACCCUGGUGUAUGGUUUAUGCAUUGUCAUUUGGAGCUUCAUACAGGAUGGGGAUUGAAGACUGCUUUUGUAGUAGAAAAUGGACCGGGACCUGAGUACUCUAUAUUGCCUCCACCAAAGGAUCUUCCAUCUUGCUAAGUUCAAACUUUUUAGAAAGGGCUUGUGAUCUUGAAAACUAAACUAAUUAUGAAUUGAUUUUCACAUUUUCUACAUUCAUUUUAUCCCCCUCCUUUUUUCUUUUUUUUUUUUCUUUUUCCAUAUUGUAAAAUUUGCGGCGAAUGGUUGAGAUUUGAGCUUUAAGAAUUGCAAAAAUGCAAAAAAUGUUGCUAGGUUGAUGAAAUACUCAUCUCAAGUGUAAUGAAAUCAAAAUGAUUCUGGUUCUCAAAACAUUUAUCUUACACAAAUUAUGGUA